GGGUGUACGCCUGACUGAGGCCCAGCCAGCCAAUAGCGGCCAGGCUGAGACACCAGCGCCAGCUGUUAUUGGUGGGUGGGAAGGGACACUGAGCCAUCUAUCACAGUGUGAAUGUAGACUGUUCCACCAUACACAGACUUCCCUUUAUUGAUGGUGAGAGGGAGAGCUGGGACCCCAGGCACAUACAUACAUACACACAGGUUACGCUUUACCAGAGGGACAAGGUUGUCCCUCUAAUAGAUCAAGGGAUGAACACAUGGAGCAGCCACCAGAGACAUCACUAGUCCCAUGUGGGAAGGACAAGUAUAUUUCCAAGCAUGAGCUACUGGCACACUUGAAGCAUUAUAAUCUUUAUUAUGAAGGACAGAACCUACAGCUGAGGCAUCGAGAGGAAGAAGGGGAGCUGAUUGUGGAAGGACUGCUUAAUAUUUUCUGGGGUUUAAGACGGCCUAUCAGACUUCAGAUGCAAGAUGACAAUGAAAAAAUACGCCCACCUCCAUCCUCCACGUCCUGGCAUUCUGGAUGUAACCUCCUCGAACAGGGUAAAGCGGCUAAACCCACCAUCAUCCCUGAUAUCCAGGUGACAGAAGCUGAAGACACCUAUUUUCCUGAAAGCGAAGAAGUGGAAAAACCCUCCCAGGAGGAUACUCCCCAGCUUAUGCGCACACGCAGUGAUGUGGGGGUACGAAGAAGGGGGAACUUGCGAACCCCAGGGGAGCAGAGGCGAAUCAAACGCCACCGGUUCUCUAUUAAUGGACACUUCUACAACCACAAGACAUCUGUAUUCACUCCAGCAUAUGGUUCCGUCACCAAUGUGAGGAUAAACAGCACCAUGUCCACACCACAGGUUCUGAAACUGCUGCUCAACAAAUUUAAGAUUGAGAAUUCAUCUGCAGAAUUCUCCCUAUAUAUGGUGCAUACAAGUGGAGAGAAGGCGAAGCUGAAGGUCACAGACUAUCCUCUUGUUGCUCGAAUUCUGCAUGGUCCCUGUGAGCUGGUAUGUAAGGUUUUCCUGAUGGAGAAGGAUCAAGUGGAAGAGGUCACCUAUGAUGUGGCACAGUACAUUAAGUUUGAGAUGCCUGUACUAAACAGCUUCAUUAUGAAACUCAAGGAGGAAGAGGACAGGGAAAUCAUCAAGCUGACGAGGAGGUACACAUCACUCCGAUUCUUAAUUGAGCAGCGCUUGCAUGACAUGGCUAACAACCCUGCCACCAUAUAGACCCCAGACCUGCACUUCGCAAAAGAGCACAGAUCGUGUGCACCCAUCACCUUGCCCAGCCUGGUUCUAGGAAUCAGCCAUGGAAUCUUCAUUCUAAAAAAACAAAAAGCACAUUCAGCUUAACUCCCUUCAUUAUUGUAGGGGACUGCACUGUAUUGUAAUGCUUCCAAUAACACAUUGAAUCAAGUAGCACUGCAUUAUUUCCAAGAUAUGGAAGAAGAAAUGAACUCCCAGCCUUCAUUUUGUUAUAAUGUGACCUUAUUGUGCUACAUUACAUUGUGUUCUUAUGAAUUUAAACCACUGUGGUUCACAGGAUCAAAGACACUUAAAGUGUUUUAGUUUUCUGCUUACUUGAAGUAAAAAAAAAAAAAGUUACAGGAUAUCGGAGUUUAAUCAGGUUAUCAGUGGUGUGAAUCGGGCCAAAUCUUUCUGUGACCAAAUUUACUGAAGGGUUUGUAAAAACCAUGUGAAUGUAUAUAUAGUUCUGCUGUCAUGUUUAAAUCGGCCAUGUCUGAUCCUAAUGAUGCAGAAACCUGAAGCCUCAGCCCAUUCUGGAUUGCAGUUUGCAAACCAGUGCAUUGUGGGUGUAUUUUCAAAGAUUCCCUCAUUUCCACCUACAGAUUAUAGAUUGUAAAACCUAGCGAUGAAUGUCUUUGUCAAGAUAGACUGAGUUUCGGUUCACAGCACCCCAGUUUGCAAAUGUGCAGAUUGGGAGGCAAGUGGAAUUUUUAACAUAAAUUCAUCUUUCAGUCUAGGUAUGAAAAAUAUGCAGGAAAGGAUUAUGCUUUCAAAUCAAAAGCACAAUGUUUAAAACAAUGUAAUUUUUUUGUUGUAAUGACAAAACUCACUGAAGAAGCUUUAUGAAUGAUGUGAGAAAGGACACCGGGGUGCAUUUACGAAUACCGGCCCAGAUGAUGUUCGCUUUUGGAGCCUACUGAAAAUGAUGCUAUUAGCAACGCAACAAUUCUUUUAAACUAGCUUAUAUAAAUACGUCAAACUGAGCUAGUGUGUAACGUAGUGAUGGUCCACUCCUCAUAGAAGAACGGAAGGCACUGGGGACAAGACUUAUACCUUCAGUUAGGAUAUUCAUAGAUUGUCAGAACGCCUAUCGA